AACCGCGGCAGUUUGUUAGCGUACGCGGUCAACUGUAGUCGACGUCUCUCGGCGAGGAUAUGCCGUUGCUGGUGGUCACAAACCAUUGCAAGUAUUGUUUACAUGAUUAUUUCGGUCGUCAUCGUAGGUAUUACAAAGUCCGGUGAACCAAGUUUACGCGGUGAUUUCAUAGGCCGCCUGUACGUUGAAUUCGGACGUUUUCGUAAUCGUUCGUCAGAGUACGCGUAUUAUUGUAUUAUUAUAGUUCGCGCGCGUUUUUUUUGUUUUUCUCUCGGCCGUCCGAGGAUUAUCUGAUUCCGUUGUCAAACAAACAAGCAAACACGUUUGUGGUUUCCAAGACGAACCCCACUUGCUAUAGCGGUGUUGUUUUCGAGAACCGUUAAAUUUUAUUAUUUUAAUCGUUAUCACUAGCGUUUUACGACUUUUCAUCGAAUUAAAUUUUAACCAAUCGAUCCCGAGUACCACGCCGGUGUUCACACAUAUACGCAAACUAUGUUGAUAUACCCGACGGCGGGCAGCGGGGCGAUAAGUAGCCGUAUGAACGCGUCGGGCCAAAAGGGCGGCAGGGCCGCGGCCAAGGGUGCUGUGCAGCGUAAGGUGGAGGCCAACAAGACUAAGAGCAGUAGUAAGCAAACGGUGCUGUGGAAGCACGCGGACGUCGAACAGGGAGUGGUCGUAGUCGAUGAGAAACAACUAAUGCGGCUGGUUAAGACGGAACCCAUCGAGAACUAUUAUCGGCUGGACAGCGAACCAUUCGCCAAGGGUCAAUUCGCUUCAGUCAGACGGUGCACUUCAAUCGAAACUGGAGAAGUGUUUGCGGCCAAAUUUUCAAACCGCACGAGGUUCGGCGAAGACUGCAGUCCCGACAUCCAUCACGAAAUAGCUUUGCUGUCGCUGUGUUCACCGUCACCACGGAUAACCAAACUGCAUGAUGUGUUUCAAACGCCCAAACAGUUGAUCAUCGUCAUGGAAUACGCUCCCGGAGGUGAUCUGCAGAAAGUCAUCGACGACGAUAACGUGCCAUUUGAAGCCGAUGUGGUUAAGUUCAUACACCACGUGGUCGAAGGCUUGGCGUACAUGCACCAGCGGAAAAUUGCUCACUUAGACAUCAAACCGCAAAAUUUGGUGUUAAUGGGUGUAUUUCCAACUUGCGACGUCAAGCUUUGUGAUUUUGAAAUAUCCCGAGUGAUUCUGGAGGGUACGGAAAUCCGAGAAAUUCUUGGCACACCCGACUACGUCGCUCCAGAGAUCCUUCAUUACGAACCAAUCACGUUGGCCGCAGACAUGUGGUCGCUUGGUGUGACUACUUACGCACUGUUGACGGGGUUCAGUCCGUUUGGUGGUGACACGGACCAGGAGACGUUCUGCAACAUAUCAAAUGCUGACAUCGACUUCCCGGACGAGCUUUUCGAGGACGUGUCAGAGGAGGCGGUUGACUUCAUCCGGAAGCUGUUGGUCAAAGAUCCCAAGGAGAGGCUGACAGCUAAAGAGUGUUUGAAACACCCGUGGCUGGCAAACCUCCGCAAGUCUUCGUCCGGCAGCAGCCAUUCGGUGCAGCACCACCAGCAUCUCCAACAAAACUACCACCAACAUCAACAGCCUCACCAACAACAACACCAACAGCCGUCGGUCGUGAAACGCACUGGCUGCAACACGUGUGCAGGCAUUACGCCAUCGAUCAGUGCUAGACGUAGCGGUGGUGGUCUGCAACCUUCAUACCUCUCCAAGUCUCGGGAGGCACUUUUCGAGCGGAUCGUGUCCAAGCACAUGCGGGAAAGUGACAUGAAGAGGUCAUCUAUGUUGCAUGAGUCGCAGUACGCGUCCAGUCGGAUGUGCGAGAGUCACACGUCCUUGGUAUCCCGGUCACGGAAUGGCACCAGGACGUUCAGCAAAUCCAAAGAGAAGCUGUACGGGCUCAAGAGCUUGUCCCGGUCUCAGGACGUGCUGGACAUGUGCAAGAGCAUCAAGGACCUGAGCGAAGUGGACAAAAUAGCCACUGUCGGCAGCCUGCUAAUGAGUCUCACUGGUGUCUCUACUCUACCUAACUCGUUGUGCUCGUCCACCGCCAACAUAUCUGUGUCUCAGAGCUUCAUACCCGAGGGUUUGGUGUCCGAGGAUGAUAAGGAGAAUUGCAUAGCGAGAAACGGCGAUCGUGAAACCGACACGGCUGUCACAGCCACCACUGCAGUAUUCAACACCAUCAAUACAAACACCACCACUCCUGUCGAUACCACCACUGCGGAAUCCAUCAACUACACCACAACCGCAACCACCACAACCACGGUAACCUCAACGCCGGACUACGCACCACGAUCCGGGUCUCCUGCCGGCAGUAGUACCAGCGGCACGAGCAGUGUAGAACACUUUUACCAUUCUGACGAAGAGCCCAGGUUUUCGGUAGCCCAGCUGGUCAAGGCGUUCGACACGCACCAGGAAGUAGUGACCAAACGGUCGCUGGAGGUAACCAUGAACCCAGUCGCCAAACUCGGGAUCGCCCAGCUUACCGCAACCGAGUUUCCGACCGGACCGAACGCUCUGCGGCUGUUCAUACCCAACAUCGACAUUUGCGGUGGUGAAUCUGCGGCUGCCAAGAGAACUCGUGCCGUGGGUUGUGGAGGCGGUGGAGGUGUUGGAGGAAUAGACGCCCGUGACGGUAACGAGAGUGCUCGGAGCCCGAAUUCGGACAACCAUCGCAAACGGUCAAACGUGAACGACUGAUCUGACAACUACCACUGCGGUCCUCCCCAUAUUUAUUUCAACGGUAUACAUAUUAUAUGAUAAUAUUUUGUAUUUGCUAGACUAUUUUUUUUAUAAAUAUUUUAACGUGUUAUUUUAUUAUUGUGUCGUGUUGUGUAUGGUAUUAUUAUGUUGUUCGCGCGAUAGAAUAUAUUUAUCAUUAUUAUUAUUAUUAUUAUUAUUAUAUUGAAGUGUGUAUGUUAUCACAUUUGAUUGUAUUGUACAAGUGAGCUAGUGAUUUUUACAUGUAGUCGUAUGUAUACAAUAAAUGAAUGUCACAUCGACACGAAAUAAAUAUUAUAAUGUUAUCAUUGUAAUGCACAUCAUCAGAA